AUCGAGAGCAGUUGACUUUAUUGAUGCACUUUCCUGUAAUAGGCGAGUGUUUGGGAUGGAGAACGACGGAUUUUGAAGAACUGUAUGGCGACCCAGGUCAAUAAUCAAUGACAAAAGAACUGGCUCGGGAAGUAAGUGGUUUUUAUUUAUCGAGUCCCUGUGAGGUUUGAUGAAUAGCAGAAUCAGUACUGAAUAUGUCUCGAUCGAGAGCAGACGGGACCAUGAGCUCCUGAUUGUUAUAUUUUAGAAAUUUUUCAAAUUUCUAUACAGUUGCUUAUAUUAUUUGGACGCCAUUAUGGACGAAAUGCGCAAGCGCGGCCGCCAUCUGUCCAAUAUUUCUGUCGAUGGGAAAGUCAAUAAACCUUUAGGCUGCACACAAGUAAGUUAGUUGUUUCUCCAUAAUUUAGGUUUAUGGCUUUAAGCGCCUUUUAUUUUCAAAGUGUAUAAUUGCUGUUAAAUGCAGUUGAAAAAUACCUGGGGAAAAAAGCAAAACUAGUUGCAUCAAAAAGUCGAUAAAUCGAUAAUUAAGAGGCCAAUCGAUCAUUAAGAGGCCAAAUUUUUAGCCGGCUACAUGGCGAGCAUUUGUCACGUACAUACGCCCAGAAGAUAUUUCAUUUAGCCGCGAUGAGGAUUCGAACCUUAAACCAUCCGACCGAUCGCUCUCGGACCAUUGAAAAACUGGGCUAUCGACAAUUUGGUUUAGUCAACUGAGAUGAUAAUGUAAAUUGGCCACAGUUAAGAUUUUCUAAAGCUAACGUUUCGCGUGUUAGCUCUUCGUCAGAGAGAGUGUAAAGAAUGUCUCUAAGCUGACACCGUUUCAAUGAAAGGCCGCAUCUCAAGAUAAGCCACGCCAUUUCCCUAUAAUUUCCAUCGAUCAGUUAUUACUUAAUGUUUUCAUAGCUGAUACGUUUUCGGAGUUUACAUUCACUUUAUUUUCGGAAAGUUAAUAAACCUUCAGGCUAAACUCACAAGUAAGUUGAUUCUGUGUUUCUCCAUAAUUUAGGUGUUAUGGUUUAACAGCCUUUCGGUUCAGGCGCCUCUAAUUUGCAGAGUGUACUUGCUGAUAAAUGCAGUUGGGAAAGACCUGAGAAAGGAGCAAAACUAGAUGCAUCAAAAAGUCCCAUAAAACGGUCAUUAAGAAGCCAAAUUUUCAGUGAUAGGUGGCAAGCAUUUGUCGCGAACACGUGACGAGGAAAUAUCUUAAUCGGCAGCGUGAUAAAGAUGCGAACCUUACACUUUUCGACCGAUUUUGUUGUCUAAUAACCGACCAACUAAGCUACAGACAAUUUGGUUUUAUCAAUUGAUGUAAAUUUUAUCAACUUAUGUAAAUUUGUCACCGUGAAGAGUAUCUAAAGCUGACGUUUCGAGCGUGACCGACAACUUACCUACUGGCAGCUAAUUAUAAGUCAUAGGCUAUAAAUGUGACACGAAUCCUACAUACUGCUACAGCCAUGAUCUGUUGUGUCGAAAGUGUUUCAUGAGAGAAAAUGAGAUUGAUCGUAAAUUUUGCAUCCGAGUGUAUCGUGAGAGACUUGAUUACAUAGCGAAUGUGAGGUGAUGUGGUGUAAUCGCCUCCAGGCUUUCCAAGAGGACCAAUUCAAUUUCUUGAUAGGAACGAAGCUCUUACAACCGUUCAACUGUCGAGAAAAAGGUAAAAACGACCAGAAAAUGUCAUUUUCUUAAUUAUUUCCGUCAUGAAGUGGGCAUUUUAUAAUUCUAACUUAUGAUUCUCGAGUAGAUGGUUUAAAUUAAGGUACGUAUUACAGGUGUCCGAUUUCAACCAACUGUCCGAUUACAAAUCUACAAAAUAAUUAGUGAAAAGAAAAGCAGGUAGAGCACCAAUGCCCUUUGAGGAAGUUGUAAUGGUAAUGAUUUAUGGUAUAAAACAGAAAAAAGGGAAGACAGAGAAUGAAAACAAGUGGAAUUUUGACGGUGCGCCAUUUUAUUCGACAAAUUUAAACUUUUGCAAGACCAUCAUUUAUUACCUUGGAAACGUGUUAAAAUUGAUUCAAAAUUUUCAAAAUAAUAUUUUGAAGAAAAUCAAGUGUAAAAUAACCAGCAAAACUAAACAUUUCUAUCGAAGUCAUCUUUGAUUAUGUAAGCUGGCAUAUACAAGAGUUUGGCUGCUGUUUUGAAACCGCAGAGCGUGCCAUGUGCGUGCACCAUUUGAAUUUGCACCCGUGUUUCAUAAGAACUGCAGCCAAUCAGAACUUAGUAUUUUUCCGGUGCAUACUAUUAAUUUAUCUUACUGCAUUGAAUAUAUUCAGUUUUGUCAGACACUGGCUAGGGAAUUACCUAACCCUGAUCGUCAUGGAUAUUUUAAUUUGAAUGCCUAGAGAAAUCAUCCGACUCUAGUCUUUUGGUAUAUCCUCGAAUAUGUUCUUGUAGUGCUUUUGGAGGUUAAAUACGCUCUUUUGGAAAUUAUUUUUGCGUUCCCUGUCCCGCCCAGGGGUUCAAUAGUCCAGUCCUGUUCCGGCGAGUUUUUACUAAGUGUGCAGCAACAAACAGACCUGUGUAUUUGCUGAUUGACAUCUAUUCAAAAGAUUUUACUGGUAACGGACGCGACUCAGCUGCACAACUCAAAGCAAGAUAAAAAGGUGCGAUAAAGUUUAUUUUCUAGCAAUAUUUAUAUAUGGUGGACUUAGUAUGUUUUGAAGCCGCAAAAUAAUUUAAUAUGAUUAUGACGUAAUUGGUGCUAUAACUGAGAUGAAUACGAUUACUGUUGGUUGUUGUUUUUUAAUUUAAAGUAUUUUCGUGAAACGUAGAUUUAUUCCAUCAUCUAUUUUCCCGGGUUACUGUGUAUUCGUUUAUGAUAGUUUUCGCCUCGAAGUAGCACUGUUGCAUAAAUCGGUGCGAAAUUCACGGAAGAUGUGGUGGUACGAACCCGGGUUUUGACUCUUUUAUAGCAAAGGAAGUGACUCUUAUCUUGUAAAGGAACGCUUUGGCACGUGGCUUUUCUUAUCAACACUUUCGUAGUACUCGAAUCAAUAGCUGAGACAUAAAAAAAUAUAAUUACCCACGAAUACUAUUCUACAUGGCGCAAAAUGAAAAUGAUUUGGCGUUCGUCGCUCGCCACACCCUAGGUGUAACCCAGCAAGUUAACGUCGAAUAAAGCACGUUUCCCCCGCACGCUUUAGUUUCCUGAAAUAGUCAAUGACCGCAAUGUCGUAAUGUAUUUACAGCUCAAAGGUAAUUAAUUUUAGCAACAGCUCGCACGGAAAAUUUCAAACGGUUAUAAUUAUAGGUUACUGAGAUAAAGGCGAGCGAUUUUCUAUUUUUUUAAGGGCAGCCUUACUGAGUCCGAUACCUGAGGUUGUACAAUUCGCGGAACAAGUUUUUGCUUCUGUAAAAUAGGAUAAUUUCAGCGCAGACAGAUUAGUGAUCGGGAGCGAGACGGCUGUAUUCAGAUGAGACUAACCCCUCCACCAUCAAUUUUUAAAAGGUAAAAACGAAGUAGCCAACCUGGUCGAUUGGGUCUUAUAAGCGUGUUAACAGGUGUAAUUAAAGUUUUAUGUGAGAAAAAAUGUAAUGUAAAUUAGCCGCCGUAAAGAGUUUCUGAGGCUGACGUUCGAGCAUUACCCCUUCGUCGGAAGAGUAAUUGUGUCUGCGGUUUUAGUUAAAAAAAUGGUAUACCCCGUUUCACGAAAAUACUUUAAAUUAAAAAACAACAACCAACAGUAAUCGUAUUUCACGAAUAUUUAGUCGAGAGUGUUAUUGUUUCUAAUUCGUUAAGCUGUUCAAGAAUCAAGUCAGAACCUUAGGCCUGCAUGUAUAGGUAAGGCCUGUUGCUUGUUAAGAAAUUCUUACUCUCACGUAACAAUUCAGUUCAAUUAAUAGUACCACGAGAGAAUCAAACAUACCUUUGCGAUGGCUUAAAACUCAGAUUCAAAGAUAGUUUGGUUUUUGACUCAUUUCUUAUGGCUGAGGUCUCCUCGUUUACCGCCAAAGGAUCUGUCGUGUGCAUAAACAACCCCCUUAUAAACAGCACUAAAGAUCGACAGUUUCUUCGCAUAUCAAUAGAUGAGUCUAGUGGCAUGUGUCAGUUGCUCUCUGUUAGGUGAAAGCAGUAAAGCAGUGUUAGAUAUUUGGUGCCCUCCACAACCUUAACCUUACUAACCUACAUGUAAUCUCUCUGACCCGUGACCGACACGACAAACUCGAUGGUGCAUUGAAGUAUCAAAAACUUUAAAAGUCUACUUUCUGGUUUACAACUCCAAAAAAGCUGAGCCCUAGAAUCUUCUGUAUCUUCGCACCUUGAUUUCUGCAACGCACUACUUUUUGGUCUUCCUCAAUAUCAACUUGAUCGUUUACAGCAAGUUUAGAACGCCGCAGCUGGAGUGAUUUUCCAGAUUACAAAAGUUGACCAUAUCACACCCUCUCGCAUCGACCUACAAUGGCUCCCUGUAGUUUAGUUUAAAUUGGCUCUUUUUGUUUUCGAGUUGUUAAACAAUCUAAGUCCACCCUAUGUUACUGUAAAGUUAGAUCUUUUGUCACCGAAACCAGCCCCUAACUAUGCCCUUUACUCGUCAAUGCAACCUCUUAUUUCUUCCAGUAGUCAACUGCUCUACACUUGGGAAUUGCUCCUGUCUCAUGGAACUCGUUGCCAUUAUCGACUAGGUCCUGUGGCAGCCUCGCCAUUUAUAGAAAAACAACUCACAGCAUGUCUUUUUAGGAAUUCAAAGCUUUCCGAUAACAAGUCUCAUGGCAAUUCGAAUUUAUACCGACAUGGGCCUAAUCACUUAAUCACCUAAUCCGACACAGUGCCACAGUUUCGUUAGAAACUUACCCCCUUUAUUCGUGAUUAUGUUUGUUUAUUAUGUGAACUUUGAGAACUGAGGUAUAUGGUGCUUCUAUUUUGUGGUUGAACAAGGCAUCAUUAAAUUAGUUCUCGAUUAAAUGCUCCCAGUAUUUAUUUCAGACUUGGCCCUGGUAAACCCAUCGUUCAUAGAAAGGUUGAUUUUUCUUUUUAUCAUGUACCCAUACGCCGAGACCCAGGGGUAUUGUCCAAGACGAAUAAAAUGUUUGUGAGUCUUCCUCUGGGACUAUGAUCCAUCCAUUGAACAUUUCCAUGUAGAAAAUAAACCGAUUUAAACAAAAGUAGGUCGCCGCAGCGAUGCUAAGUUGAUUGUAUUAACAUGUAGCUGAAGCUCGCUCACCAGAAAGUUUGGAAUCCUGGUCCGACAUGGAAGCCUUAGGUAAUCACCCCAGGGAACUAGUAUUUCAGGUUCUGACCCCGCGAGUACAUACGCAUGGUGUUUAUUCAAGAAGAAUAAGUUGGUUAGUCUCGUACUGUUAUCAUGCUUUUGCACCAGUUCAUUUUUUCAUUGAUCGUUGCAGAAGUUGGUAAUCCUAGAGUAGCGUGACGAAUUUUUCAAGAGAAUGGCGUACCUCACGCAAAUAAGUGACCACGAGUUUUCUCAAGAGGACAUCACAUAUCUUUCGAACGAAGCAAGGGACUAUUGUGUUUCAAGAGGAAUGGUUUAUAAAGACUCCAAUGGUAAACUACAACACAUUCCUUUCACGCUUUACCCUUCACCUUUUCCAAAGAGGCUUUUUUCUACUGCAAGAGAAGUUCAGACGCUCUUCAACAUUCUUGUGCAUAAAGCCAGCCAGGACUACCAAUUUACGAAGAAUGCACUUUCCAGGUAAAAAAUCUUCCUUGCCGGUUUUUACUUUUUGUUGGUUACCGCUGGUGGUAGUCAGUUUGAAGGUUGAGUCAUUUGAUUCUUGUGCGACGUGAACGAAAGUGUCGGUUUUGCAAAUUAACUGUGUGUUGCUGAGAGCUUGAUUCCCAGUGAUUCUUGAGAACAUGGGAAUAUGAGAAAAGGGAAAAGGCUACUCUGAAAUCAGUUAAAAAGUACAGGUAAACUUCUAAGUUUUCUAAAUGACCUACUACCCCACAUAACUGGCGGUGUCGUAGUGAUUUGAAGCACUGAGCGGCGAAGCAUACAGCAAUGUACCACUCAAAUUUACUCAGUGGCGGCACCACUCAAAGCCGUGAAUCUGCACUUAGUGUUAUUUUGAUGAUUUCGUACUAAAUUACUUUAAGACCCAUUACAUGCGUCAAGUACAUCUCCUACCGAUAUCGCAAUGAUCACGGGUUCAAAUCCCGUACUGGCCUGAAUUUUUUUCAGGCCUUAUUUUCACUUCUGCUUAAGUAGUAUUCGUUACUGCGAAGAUCGCCUUACUUAUCACCGUCUUAAACAAAGAAAAACUCUUCAAUUCAUUUGUGCAUUCAAGUUUGGCCUAAGAAGAGGCCGCUCAACGGUGUAAGCAAAUAAAAAGUCCUUUUCAUCAUAUAUUAUCUUUAUUUCCCUGUUAGCACGAUAUCUGCCGACCAAUUUACAGCAAAGCUUUUUCAAAUUUACGAAAAGGUUUGGGAGCAAGGAGCAGCUCAGGUAAGUACUGGCGAUUUGUUUCGGUUCACAUUGGGCAGUUGUUUAUUGUCAUCCCCAGUCCUCUUUCAUUAUCAUGAUCAUUAUUAUUGCUAUCAUAAUAAAAACUUUGACAAAAUUCUCUAACGUGGUUGGAUAACAGCAGAUUUGAGCACUAAUGGGACAUGAUACAGUUUAUGUCUUUGUAAAUGGAGAAUACGCGACAUUUGCACACAAAUUGAAUACUACCGUAUUCACUCGAGUAAGCUCUGCCCCGAAAAAGCGCCACAGAAACAAUUCAGUUUUUCGCAAGCUGUUUUACAUCAUACCAUGUUGGAUAUCCUGAGGGAACUAGACUCAAAUCCUUUCAAAUGAACAGAUUCAUACGGAAAAGAGGCGUACUCUCCUACUCUGGAGCCCGUAGACUCAGACUCAAACUGAAAAGUACCGGAAGGGACAAAUGGUGACAAUCAAAAGAAGCCCCGCCAAUCACUGUAAGAUAUUCGUAAAGAUAGAAACUAUUCCAUUAAAUUGGAAAAAACAUGUUUUGCGUCGCGUCCAAUUUUUUAAAAAGCGCCGCCUUUAAAUAAGUGCCGUCCCCGAGUAGGCAUUGCUUUUGAAGCGCGAAAAAUUCAAAGUGCACCGCGGUGCUAAUUCGAGUAAAUAAGGUAGAUAGUCUAGUUGUAAAUGUGUUUUACAAAUGGCUAUUUUAUCAAAUUUUCUCGUAAUUUUGUUUGAUUUGAAGGAAGACUUCGUGUGGUAACAAUCAAAAGACACCUAUUCUGAUCACUGCAACAUUCUUAUACAAGCAAAACAUACCGUUAAAUUGAAAGAGAACAUUUAUUCGUUGCGUCUAAAAUUUGAAUAGGUUCAUUACAAUCAAACUCGAGAUUGACAAAUUGGGCUCCCACUGUGCGAUUGUUCGAUUUAUGUUGUUUGAUUUCUGGAAUUCGCUCUUUGAUAUUCUUCUUCUUAUUAUUCUCCAAUAUCAUUACCAUUAUUAUUAAUAUUAUCAUGAUUAUUAUGAUUUUAAUCAUCAUUACCUUACAACUAUCAUCAUUAGUAUUAUCAUUAUUAUAAAGCGGCUCAUUCAAGCAUUCCAUUCCUUCAGUCUAUUUCAUUAGGAAUAUUCCGAUCAGACUACUUGAUUGACACGACAGGCAAAUUAAACAAUGAAUAUCACAGUCGCACCAAAACUGACGCGAUGGACGAAAAUAACAAUGGGCUUUGCAUUAAGCAAGUCGAAAUCAACACCAUAGCGCUAGGAGGAAUUGCAUUCUCUUGCCUUAUUCCAGAGAUGCACAGGUAAAAGAAGUUGUGUUUUAAAAAUGUUAUUGUUACAAUUUUUUAGCCAUUGAGAAUUUAGACAGGAUGGGGGGGGGGGAGAAUCUCAGAAGCAAUACUACAAUACUACAAUACAUUUAAGUAUAUUCUGUGGCCAAUUAUAGAUCCCAGUUUAGUCACAUUCUGUUUAUGCAUCUAUCCUAUUUUUGAAUCCCUUCUUACCAGAAUAUUCUUACCGCCAAUGUCCCGAAAAUGUGCGUAAUUCUAGUAAUUCUAUCAAUAAUGUAACCCCAUUAUAGUCAAUCCAGUCGUGAAAAUGCCACUCCAUUUAGCGGCAUAUCCCCAUUAGCCUAUCGCUAAGAAGUACCCCCCUCCCGGAAAUUUAGAUCCUCAAAAGAAGGUGCAGUAAGUAGAUAGAAAUAUGAUCUCAUUUUGUCAUUACUAACAACUGAUAUAAGAGGUUAAAGGUUACCCUGAGCUUUUUUUUUUUAGAUAAAAUGUGGAGCUAUCAAAAUUGUUGUUCAAUAACUAGUUUCCUGUUUUUCUUGAAUUUUUUUGCCACCCGUUUAUUUUGGUGAUCUUGCAGUGCUUGUCUUCUGCGAGACCGAUGUGUCGCGCUUCUUCGAAAAUAGUGUUGUGCUCUAAAUCACUUUAAUUUCGCAUUUCAACGUAGAACAUAUCCUUUUUGCUAUGUAAAUGACCGUGUCGGAGAAUUAAAUGAACUUUAUCAAGGGGGAUGUACCAAAUUUCACCAACGGGACCAUGCGUGAAGAGUGACGACAGGUCGUAUUCAAGCAGUGUAUCUUUACCUCGAUUUCCAAUUAUACGACGGAAAACUACCUCACCCUUGAGAGCAUUCAAAGUUUGUUUGGAUGCAAUAUGUUGAUUUUCGCUGUUAUGGGGACUUAGUAUUGACACAAUCUUCCAUCUGUUACUUCUCAGGUAUCUCCUUGAGUUAAUGGGAAAAAAAAGAGAGGUUGGUCGACUCUUAGACCGUUAUAGAUAUUCAUAGCUUUUCUUAUUUAAUUACACCUCUUAAGGGAGAUAUUCUCUUAGUUUUUAAGAAGGAUCUUACAGAUACCGCAAUCUUAUCUCUUCAUAAUAAAUAGAGCUCUUUGCUCUGUACUCCAAUCAAUGUCUCUUGAUGCAUAUUUCUUUCUGAGUCUUUCGAAGGGAUCGGAGGAUGCGUUUUGAGACAAGAGAGAGUCAUAUGCGUGUUUGAGGAUCUCAUUAGUUACUCCUGGCCUCUUCCCGACGAAAACGUACUCUUUAAAAUUAUUGCUACGUUACUCUCGUUUUCCUAGAUCUCACGGGGAUCCAAUGAUAACCAAUCCAGAGUCGCAAAUGCCGCUUACGUAAACACUCCAUGGAGCCAACCUCGUUACCAGGGUCUCUUCUUUCCAACCGAUUGGCCAAUCCAAGAAUUUUUGAUGGAGGGGAGGGAGGGGGUGGUGUCUCCAAAUUUUGACAAGUUCUGUUAAUCUGAGAUCUGAGAUACCUUAAGUUGUGUAGUACUAUAAGGUGCUAGUUUAGAGAAGGUGGGGGGGGGGGAAGGGGGGGGGGAAAGGAUCCCUCAAGGAUCCUCCACUGGUCUUGCAACAUCUUGGAAUUCUUCAAAAUAACAUUAUUCCCCAAAACCAGACAUCUUGGGUCUAAAAACAACUCUGGAGGGAACGCUUAAAGGGGACACUAGCUGCAAAAGUGAGAUCCCAACCUCUCUGUUAUUGUACGAAAUAAACCCAAAAUAAUUCUCAGUUUACAAUACUUCAAAUAGCAUAGGCAAAUUGACGGUAGCCUGCGUUGCUGGCGGUCUGCGGUCUGCGGUUUUGUGGCGAAGAGAAAAAUGAAAGGUCUUUCAUUUUUCUCUCCGUCCCCCAAACCGCAGACCGCCAGCAACGCAAGUUAAAUUGACGGUGAACUUAUGGUUCUGUACAUUUUCUUAAGGUUCCUCUUAAUCCAGCAUUGGACGAGGCAGCCGAUGGUCUCAUCAAGGCCUGGGAACUAUACGGAUCAGAACGGUUUGGCGUCUGAUUAUUUAUUAUCAUUAAUUCGGUUCUUUGUUUAUUUUGUUUCCUGUUUGUUGAACUUAUAGACUUUCUUUGUCUUUAAUUUUAGCGCUGUUAUUAUGUUUGUCAUUCAACCUGACGAGAUAAACGUUUACGAUCAAAGACAUCUGGAAUAUCGUGUUCGCAAAAGGUAAACGUGCUACGUCACUUUGCUCCUCAAGUUCUCCUUUCUCAGUUUUUCGGCUGACAGUCUUCAGAAGCAGAACAUCCUCCCCCCCUCCCCAUUAGACCUGUGGGGCUUUUUACGACUUGUCUGAGACCAAAAUUCUUACAACUACUUCUUCACCAAUUUCCUCACGUGCUUAAGGUUAUCUGCUUGUGAUAACUUGAGUUCUCGUGCCUUAGCAUCUUGUGAUUAUUUCGGUUUUGGUUUUAUCGAGUCUCGAGUAAAAAGCAUUUUACUUCGUGUUACCAUCUACAUUUAAACUUACGACAAAGUCAGAUUUCUAUUAAAAGAAAGAUGACAAAGACUGCUCUCUGCUAUCAUGUUCGUUUCCUUGAACUCUUGGUGUUUCGACCCCUUUCUACUUCCUUUAAACGUUUUACGUCAUGUAACAGAACAAUAAUGCACUUAUAAAUAAUUUCUCUCUAAAUUCGUUUUGUGCAGAAGUAAGGGUGUAACAGUAAUUAGGCGAAGCCUUACUGAUGUAUUCAGGGACGGAGAAACAGACAAUGCUAAAUCCCUUCAUUUGUGAGUAUUUUUUCUUCCUCCACCUUUUUCUAUUUCACCAUAAUUAUGAUUGUCUUCUUGGGUUGUUAUGUUAAAAUUAUACGUUUGUGCUCUUCACACCUGACAGGAAUGGAAUGGAAAUCGCUGUAGCUUACUUCAGAGCAGGCUACACGCCUAAAGACUAUCCCACAGAAAACGUAAGUUCAUCGCAAGAAAUUAUCUGUUCGUUACAUUACUUUACAUGACAAAACUGAUAUUUUUGAUCAAAUUUCUUGAUCCCAGUUGUGUGGAUAGCUUCAGUUUUGUUAAAGGUUAGAACGAAUUUAGAAGUUGAUGUGGCUAAGACGCGGAGAGAGCUUACAUUUAAACAUUAAACAAUUGUCGUGUUCGUGUUAAAAAAUAGUUUGUGACUGGUGACGCGGCGUUUCAUCCUGGCCAAGAUACUCAUCCGGCAGAGUAGAACCAUCUUUCUCUUUAGUGCUGUAUUUCACAAAUGUUAAACUAACGAUUUGGUUUUUCUUUCAAUGAUAGGAAUGGUCAGCUCGUCUGACGAUAGAGUUGUCUCGCUGCAUCAAAUGUCCGACUGUGGCUCAUCAGUUGAUGGGAACAAAGAAAAUGCAGCAGGUGAUGUCUAACCCUGGGGUGUUAGAAAGGUACCCAAAAUAGUUAUAUUCUAAAGGUUGCUAAGCAUUUCUUUUUUAUGACAGCAAGCUUUACCCUAUUGGUUAGAAUUUUACAGGAAUGUUCCGCUAGGGAAGAGUUCCUUUUCAGACUGAAAGCAACUAAAGUGAUAAGGAUUUCUCGAAUGGGUGUUAAGUAAAAUAUGUCACAGUGUAAGUAGACUAAAAUUUGAUCUGUACUUUACAAAAUGUUUCAGUUAAUUUAGAAUAUAUUCUCUAACAUGCACCUUGUCAAGACCUAAGACGGAAUGAAGCCAUUUUAAGAUCAGUUGAAAUACUGAUACGCAGCAAGGUAGUAACUGUCCUUUCCCUUAAACAAGACAAUGUUUCAUUUUCCAGGUUUUUACCUGACAAGGAAUCCGUGGACAGAGUAAGAAAAACGUUUACUGGCCUCUAUUCUCUUGACCCGGUAAUUGAAAUUGUUUUAGCGUCUUUUAAGCGCCUAGCCAUGUUUGGCUACAGGAGCAACUUUCAACUGAGGGUCGAAAAACCUAAAGUAACCUCAGCGACCAAUCAUGAAAAAGCUUAUAUUGUUAUUUGCCAAUGAGAACUCAAAGUGAAAACAAGCAAAUUGUGUUAAGCAGUUAAGCGCGGGAAAACGCGUAUCAUCAAGUCACGAUUGUUUUAAGUUCUGUAGCUGAUUGGUCGAGAGGAUGGCGCGAGUUUUCUGGACCAAUCACAGAAUAAAGUUAAGUGAAACUCAAGUCAUCCUGGACUAUCUUCGACACUCUAAUAAACCCACUUCACCAUGUAAACCACGCAAGAAGCUUUGCAAGUCUAAAUGAGCCUGUCAUGUAACUUCUUGAGUGUCUUAGCUUAAUCCCCAUUGUCAUUCCAGGGACCUGUAGGGGAUCGUAAUAUGGAAUAUUGUCUUCAGAGGACGGACAGAUGUGUUCUUAAGCCUCAACGAGAAGGAGGAGGUAUGGACAUUGAAAACUCUUGUAUCGUGUAAAGAGAACUACAACUAUAAUGUAACAUAAAAAUUCUGCUGGAUCUAAUUCGUGCGGUUCCAUAGUUUGUUCCUGCAACGGCGGAUCCAGCAUUUUUUGAAAAGGGGGGUCCAAACUUUGAUUCAGAAAACACAGAAUUUAUUUUUCUACAUAACAGCCCAAAUAAGCUAAGAAUUAUCCCAGGACAAGUAGAUGUCAAGGAAUUUAUAUUUUGUAGCAGCUUACGAUCCUUUUGUUGCAACUUGCGAUCUUUCUGGUGUCAGAAAAUUGGUAAAAGAGCCCACAGGCGCGACGAGAAAGGGGUGGAGGUAGGGGAGGUCAAGAUCUAAUGGACCGUGUUGUGACAAAGGAACGUUCCCACAUAUUACGCCGCAAAAUAUUCAACUUGUGUGCGGGAGGAAAAAAAAGAGAGGAGAGAAAGAAGAAGGAAAGUGUUAAAACUACUGAAGAUUUCCCAGAGUUCUGCAACAUGUCUUCGUCAAGUUUAGGUUAAUUUGAUAAUGCUUGAUUCUCCCUUGUCAUUGUUCUGCUAUGAAAUUAGUUUCCGACAUAAAUUCUGGUCAUCCCGUUUCGUUCAAAUUUGCUCCCUGGAUGCACAAGUAAUUUCCAUGCUGCGUGGCCGUCACAGAACUCAGAACUCCAACGUACGUUAAGAGAUCUUUACGACGAUUUUUCUGACAAGAAAGAAAAUUUUUCAUGAACCUUUCUUUUCCCCUACUUCUUGAAUGAACUUUUUGAUACACCAAAAAGAAAAUGAAAAUUGGGAACAUAGAAGCUUUGGGACCGAUCAUUAUUCAUCACCUGGUAGGGGAAGGGGGUGGAUCGGAUGAUUUUGGUUGUGUUACAACAAAAUUUACCUGAUCCUCUCAUAAGGCUCUGUAAUAUUCUCAAGAUUCCACCUCAUUUGCGGUUAAUCGGCAGUCAAUUUUUUACAUAGCCUCCUUUUUGAUACUCUACUAACGACGACUGACUUCCCACCGUUCCCACCCAAAAACUGGGUGAAUCCUCCCCAAAAUCCCCCCCCCCCCCCCCCAGGCGAUACAUUAGAACUGGUCCUUUACUCGCUAUGUACAGGAAAUAACAUCUAUGGUGAAGAUAUACGUCACACGCUACUCAACGAUUCUAACAACAGGAUGCAGUAUAUAGUGAUGGAUCUGAUUCAGCCGGAAAUUAACCAAAAUGUAAUAGUCCGUGAAGAAUACACAAACGUGCAUACUGUUGAUGUCAUUCCGGAACUUGGAAUUGUCGGCAUUUUUCUCAGGUAGGACUGAAUAGUAGGUAUCAUCCUCAGUGGGAAAAGCACAGUCCCCAUAGAGCUAGUGUCAUGAGGGGAAACUGGUAACCGACGAUGUAAGGAAAAAGUCUCACAGUGCGAUGUGUCCCCUUGGUUUGAUUACCGCUAGCGCUGUGAUUCCUCAAGUUUUGGUGUUACAACAGAAGUGCUCCACACCUUCAAGUUUAAGCGCAAUUCUUGGCGCGUCUGAAAGUCACGAGUCUUAACCUAAUAAAAUUAUAGCUUGUAAAGAUCCUGAAUUGGUUGAGAAACCCGCCUUUUUCCUUUGUUUGUACUUGGUUUUAUUAAGAUUUUUGACCUGACCGUGCACAGUGCUUAGAAGCAUUCCGAUCACUUAGAAUUCGCAAUGUUUGAACUCAAACAGAAUAUUAUGAAUAGUCAUGGAGCUCUCAACUUAUUUUUACCAAAACAUUAUAAACUUUAUCUACGAAUUUUGCCGGCUUUCCUUGCUUUCUCACUCUUACUGAAGAUGUUGGAAUGUAAUUUUAUCAUAGCCGAGGAGAUGAAGUACUUGUCAACAAAGAAGGAGGGUACCUGGUCAGGACAAAAGCAGCCACUCAGGGGGAUGGUGGAGUGUACGCUGGAAGAGCUGCUUUUGAUAGCCCAUAUAUGGCAUAGCUCAUUUGGACCGCAUCAGAAGCCACACAAAGGCGGUUGUCAGUAGUACUGUCAUUUCUUGAAGGUGUCACACUCCUUGUUUUGGUGGUGAAGUUAGGUAGAGGAGAAGUUCCUGCCACUUUGCAUCGAGGCGUGAAGUCAUCGGUUUUCACUUUACCGUGGAAUGGCGUCGUUCCUCAUGAUGGACAAGGCUUCUCGUCAGAACGUUGUAGCUGCUUAAAGACACAUCUACUGUGCAUUUUUAAAGUUAAUACAAUGGAAAAUUUUAUCUGUCUCUUUUCCAGGGUUAACAUCUCUAUUUAUAAAAUAAUUCAAAUAAUACGCGCGCUCUGAUUGGCCAUAGAACCAUUUUACAUGAGCGUAUGUAAACACGGUUUUCGUUCCUCUUUCAUUAGUUAUUUUAUAAAAGAAAUGUAAAAUGGUUUCCGUGUUUACAUAGCCUGAUGUAAACACGCGGGAGGCUGGGAGAACACGAGAUAAGCGUAGGAAACCACGACGCGAAGCUAGAGUUUCUUGUAAUCACUAAGAGCUUCAGUUGCUCAAACCUCUUAACCUUAGUCUUAGAGAUAAUGAACAUAAAAGAAAGACAAACAAUGGAAACAAUUAACAGAGCUACAUUGUAUGCUCUUCAUACAGAGGACCUUGAUGACAAAACGUGUUAAAAUAUCAAACUUUGUGUGACUAUGGUUAAUAACUAAG